AUGUCACACGAAGCAGGAAAGAGGCAGCGGGGAGAUAGUAUUGCGGCGACCAAUGGCCACCCCAAUUCUCCUUCGAACAACGAUGGUGGAUCCAUGACACCCCCGGCAGUGGAAGAGACUCGACCACAGAGCUCGGUAGACAUCAGUCUCGAGUCGCAGGAGUAUGACAUGGGGUCAACAGAUCAGCCAGCAGGUGACCCAUCACCGAGAAAUCCGAAUUACGCCUCUACAACGACAGCAGCGGUGUCAGAGAGAACGGCCAAGCAGAUAACGAAAGCGCAAUCUCCUUCCCUAGAGCCACCGGUGACCAAGGCUACUCUCAGCGAGCUCGAUGUCAACAAGAUUGUCCACAAUCCGAAAUUACGGCAUGAUAUAAACUUCGAUCCAGACCUGCACUUUCGGCCGAAUCUAGAUGGAGAGAAGGGGCGACGGAAGAGACAGAAAGCAAGCGAUUUCUGGGAGACUAUGCGAAGCCAGCUUCGAGAUUACUUAGUUAAUCGGGACCUGUUUGAAAAGGAGAUUGGUGAUGGAGAGUGGUGUCUACCGGCGACUCUGAAAGCUAUUCGCGGGAUCCUCGAGACGCUAGUUCCUCGACGAGACCGCCAGUCCGUUGAGGAGACUUUCAACGUGGAGUUGCUUAUGCAACAAUUCCGAAAAGGAGUUGCAGAUCUUGUCAAACUCGCCCUCUGGUUAUCACAGCUCUUGAAAUGCCACUGUGCUCCAAUGAGGGAUGACUGGGUCGACGAGAUGGUCACUCAGAUCCGUAAGGGUGACCGAGAAGGUGAUGUUGCGUUAUUAGUGCUAGGGAUGCAGAAUCUGCUCGGUGUUUUGGAAGCCAUGAAGCUUGAUGUGGCCAACCACCAGAUUCGCUGCCUACGACCCCUGCUGAUCGAAGAUACCGUCCACUUUGAGCAGAAGUUCUUCAUGAAGAAGAUUGCUCUUGGCAAAGUCGAUAUUGCCGGGGCACAUGCGUGGUUUCGACGAGCGAGCAGCUCACGAGACACGGCACCUUUAGAUAUGUCGUCGAUACAUUCCCAAGUUAAUACUUGGGACUUCAUGAAGGCCCUUGUGAAUCUGGUGCUGCCCUCCAAAUCCGACGAAUUAGUGCCGCAUACCUUUCUUUUCGACGAAGAGCGCCUGAUCAAGCUGCGUGCGGAUAUGGAGGACUCGAUCAACCUCGAGAUUUGCAUGCGCCUGUUUCAAGGGCUAGAGACAGCAAGCAGACUGCAGGAGGCGCGGUCUGUACACCGCGAUGAUACUCCGGUGACCUCCUUUGUAUCAUCCCCUUUUGAUCGCCCUACCUCUCCUGCCGAUAGCGCCUUGCAUUCCUCCCCAACCCUUCCGUUGCCGCAUCACUUUGCGCCGAAAUCUAAAGAUAUUGGUGCACAAGAGCGCGGCCAUUUUCUUCGAACUCCCUCGGGCGGACAAGUAUGGGUACCAAACAUCGAGAGUGACGCCAUAGCCUUAUCCGCCGCUUCAAGUCCUUAUUCAUCGCCCUCAUCUACUGCGUCAACUCCUGACACUUACCCUCCGACUCCUCUUUACCUCUCCCACUCAGUUUCUGGCUCUGCUUCUCAAGUCCGCAGCUCUCUCGUCGCCAUAUUAGCUUCCUCCAAUACCUCAGACAGAUGGACUUCGCUCGCUCCCUCUCUUGCACUUCAAAUACUGCGUUCAACAAGUACACCUCUUACCCGAUUACCGCAAUUCGAGUCCCACUUAGGGUUCCAUCUUUCCAAUCCUAACUCAAGCCUUUAUCAAGAGGCGGAGCAACGAGUCCUACGGCAACUCUUCCCUAUCUUACAGAAGCUUGUUGAGAAAUAUACGCCUCUGACAAGUUUGCAAAUUUUCGAAGCCGCGACCGCACCAAAGGUCCUACAAGUGAACUCGAGCACGCAAGCUGAUGGUGCGAAAGAGGAUAUUACUGAGAUCGCUACUAGAAUUGCACAUAUAGGGAUCCUACAUUGGCGGGUGUGGGCUCCCUUGGCUUAUCUGGUCGAUCCUGAUGGAGAGCAAGGAGAGACUAUAAAUUAG